AAAAAAAGAAUUGAUGUGUUUUAGGUUGGAGUCUUUAUUUUGCUAUAAAAAAACUGUAAAUUUUAAACAUGAUAUAACAGGACAUCUGCUUAUUUUAUUGUAAUGUCGAAAUAUGUACACCAGAAGCGAUACUUCCUUUUGGCAGAGCCACUAAUUAAAAAUUUCAGUUAUGUUAUCGAGGUCGAUCUUACGUGGAAGUGAUUUCUGAGGAUUUGUCAUGGAAAAUGAAAGUACUGCAUGACAUUUGUAAAAUGUCUGAUGAUACACCGACAAAGAAAAAGAGAUACUCUGAAAAAUUUAAAAAUGAUGCUACAAAGCAAAAAUACCGAGAGAGCUUUUCCACGGCGGAAUCAAGCAAAGGCAAAACAGAUCAAACAGAGAAGCGAUUCUAUUCGACUGUGAACAAAAUAGCACAACCAUCAGUUGAACUAGACAGUCCUUGUUCAUCGAAUAAAAUAAGAAAGCGAACUGGACACGCACCAGAAGUGAAGAGAGAAGCUAUAGAAAGAGUUAAGGAAGGCGAAACAAUUUCAUCAGUUGGCAAAAAUCUUGGAAUUGCUCGUUCUACAAUAUCAGACUGGACGAUAAGAGAGAAAAAGAAGAGAGAAAAUACUCAGCAUGAUGAUUGUUUUGCAUCUUUAAAAUGGAAAAAGUGGCAAGUGGUCAUAAGCGCAGAAAAUUGUGGUAAGGGAUGGGCUAAACGUGAUGUCGGUUACAGACUUGAAAAUCUUUCACAACAUUUUGACGACGAAUACGGACUGUUUGAACUAGCUGUUAGUAAACCCAAAGAAAAGUCUGUUGAAGCGGAAAAUAUUGUUUAUGUUAAAGACGGGAAAGUAAAGACACUUAUAGAAAGGCAUUGCAGGUAUGGAUUUCAGAAGUCAUUAUUAAUCAAUAAUAAACUACGAGACGGUUACAACAUUAAAGCACGGUGUUAUUAUGUUACAAGUAAGGAGGAAGCUGUAAAAGAGAAAAAAAAGUUACUGCAACAUCAAGAGUACGCUUGGAAUAAACAAUGCAGAGAUGAUGUUGAUGAUUAUCGUUUAUCAGGAGAUUGGGGUUAUCGUUUAUCUGGAUAUUGGAGUAGAUGGAUACAAGUUAUGUCUCCCACUUGUGUAGAAAAUGGCUGGGUGAAAAGGGAUGGAGCAAAUUGUGGAUACAAAUGUACAAAUUUAGAUGAAUGGUUGAAAGACGAAUUUGGUGUUUUUGAAAUGGCAAUUUUACACCCAUACACAAAGGAUACAAGCGUUUUGUUGAUGGAAUGUGGGAAGAUACUGACAGCGAUUGGAAUGUAUUGUAGUGAUAGUUCUUCAGCCAAAUCUGUACAAAUAAAUGAUGUCUUAAUGAAAGGGUAUAAAGUUAUAGUAAGGUGUCGUUACGAAAAAGAAGCCCAGUUAGUGGAAUCGCUCUUGUUGGAAAGAUAUGUUUAUAACUGGCACAAACAAAGGACAAAACGUGAAAAUAUCAAGGAUGAGCAAGUUAUGGGAAGAUGGACGGAGUGGGAACUCAUUAUGGUACCUGGUCAGACGGACGGUUUUAAAAGACGGGAUGGCAGUAACGAUGGUUUCCGAUAUAGCAACAUUGAGGCUUUAUUUCAGGACCAGUUUGGGGUUUUCGAACUUCAGAUAGCAAGAGGUGACAGCAAAGAAGUCACCUACGUACAACAUGGGAAGAUAUUGACACUGCUUCAAAGAUAUUGUAGUGACGGAUAUAAAAGGUCAGGCAUGAUCAACCGGGCGUUGACAGAUGGCUACAGUAUAUCAGUACGAUACCGGUAUGUCGACACUGACAAUGGCAAGGAAGUCGCUACAGCAGUUCUCCGACAGUUAUUGUCUAUAUACGACUAUGCUUGGAACAAAACUCGUCGAGAGAACAUUGACGAUGAGGAUAUUGCGGGAAACUGGUCAGAUUGGGUCACUAUGAUGACACCACAGAUUCGAGAGGGAUGGACACAACAGAACAAUAAAGAUGCAAGCAAAGGUUACCACCCUAACAACUAUGCAAAAUUAUUUGAGGAAAAAUAUGGCAUUUUUGAAAUGAAAGUGGGAGAUCAUCCCCACUUUGCCACAUCUGGUACUGGCGGAGAAAAAAUCCGUGACAAACUAGACACAGUUGUUUACAUUGGUAAAGGAAAUAUACUUACAGAGGUGAGGACACGGUGUGACAAGACAAAGCAAUCUGUACUAAUUGAUCAAACAUUGAAGGAAGGGAAAUGUAUUUCUUUCCGUUACUGUUAUACAGAAAAUGAUACACCACAAGAAGCGACUGAUCUACAUCGUCAGUUGUUAGACAGAUACGACUACGCUUGGACUAGAUCAAAGCGAGAAGACGUUUAUGACAAUAACCUUACAGGAGAAUGGUCUGAAUGGUCAAAGAUAAUGAAACCCGGAGAAUUGGAACAGGACUUGGAAUGGCGGUUUAUCGGUUUUAAAGUGAAAAACCUUGAUGGCAUUUUCAGAGAUGAUUAUGGCGUGUUUGAAUUGGCAGUCGAAAAACCAUACCGAGACACAGUUGUCCACGUUGGAAAAGGAAAAGUUUUAUCUGCGCUUAAAAAGUACUGUAAAAUUAAUACAGAUGGCUCCAACAAAUAUUUUCAAAUAAGCGAUGCCUUAGCCAAACGCUGCAGUAUUUUAGUUCGCUACAGGUACGUUCACUCUGAGGAGGACGCUGCAAAAGUUGAACAAAAUUUAAUGGACAGAUAUGAGUAUCCUUGGAAUCCUUUGUAUCGGACAAAGAGGGAGGAAGUAGAUGACAGCUGUUUGCCCGGUCAAAACUGGUCAAAAUGGCAUCAAUUGAUGACGCCGCAAAAAAACGAAAUCGAAUCGGGUUGGAUAAGGCGUGAUCAUGGCCACACAGGGUACCGACUGACAGAUGAAAAUCUGAAAGAUGUCGUCAUAUAUGAAAGAGGUGUAUAUGAAUGGAUGAUUAAAAAGGACAGUCGUAUCAUAGUCGUAUAUACUGGGAAAGCGAAAAGGUUAUUACAGAGAUUAACAGACUAUUGCAAAAAUGGAUCACACAAAGAGAAACUUAUAAAUGACGCCUUAGCACGGGGUUAUAAUAUUUGUGUAAGAUUCAGACUUACUUACAAUAUUGAUGAUGCUGAGAAUAAGCUACUGGACAGAUACAGUUAUGCUUGGAAUAAAUCAAGGAACGAUGAGACAAGGGACAUUUUUUUGCCAUACCAUAUGGAGCACAACUGAGAAAAAACAGAUAUUCUGUGAUCUGGAACAAGUGAACAGAAGCAGUGGGUGACUUCGUGUUACGUGUAUACUGAACUUAUCUAGAAUCAGACAGUUAAAACGAUAUACCUCGGAGGGAGGCAAAUGAUCAUUUCAUCGCCCAUUUUUCCGUUAGUGUAGUGUACUUUUUAUUUCUUCUGCGUAAGACAACAAACGCACACAUAUGUAUAUUAUGUUUUUAGAGUGCAUGUCUGAUAUUUUCUUUACACAUACUAGCGCCGUUAUAUUCGAAGAAUGGUUUGUCUGUGAUAUUAUUGUUUACUUAGGGACGCUGUCGGCUUUCUUGAGGAUAGUCUAUAAGCAAGAAAUCAAUACAAAUAUGGUAACUGUGUUAGUGGGCUCCGAUGCCUGACUACCUAAACUUCAGGAAAUACCCUUGUAUAGGGCCGUAUAAAACUGCCUGUUUGUAUAUUUGUAUAUGUGUAGUUUGGCACUAAUUCUACCAAUUUAGUAACACGCUGUGAUAUAUUUAAUUUCUCAUACCGUCCAUUGGGGCACCACCACACCGAAAUUUUACAAGGGCAAAUCUGUUGACAGGAGACUACAUAAAUUCUGAAUUAUACGGUGCUCCGUUAGGACCAGCGCCUGCUUCCUAGGAACGCGAAGCGCGAAGGUGCGACAGUACGAUGGUGACACUACGAUGGUGAAGCACAACAGCACAAUGGCCUUUUCUUUGUUUCACCAAAUAGGCCAUAGUGAAGAAAUUUGAUGUGUUCAGUUCCUCAGAAUGGAUUCAAAGUUGCUCAGGUGUACAGCCUUAUCUGAAUACAAUUUGUUUCAUACUUUUAGUCAGACAUCCUUCAUUUUAGGAUGGUCCAUGCUAAAAACUUUGCUAUUUAAAGGAUGGCACAGUAUAUGGGAGCAUCCGUGUCCAAUGGACACAAUUCUAGUUUACUUUAGCAUGCUGCAUAUUAAAAUCAUAAUAAUCACUCCACUCGAAAUGUGUGACAUGAUUUUUGUAUUUGAUUUGCAACGUAAAUUUUUAAACAAUAUGUUUUUGAAUAUGUAAAAUUGAAUAUAUAUAAUACUGUUCCUUACCUUUCAAAUAUGAACGGCUAUGUACAGUAUUUCAUACCUGAUUCGAAUGUUUUUGAUUUAAUAGCAGAUGAUAUUAUAUAUCUUGAAAACAUGUAUGAUAGCUAUUGUAGAUUUUUGGUCUCUGGAGACUUCAUUAGUAGAUUAAGAAACCUUAAGAACUUUGUCGAAAAUGAAUACCCUUUUUUAUUUAGACUUGAUGCCUGAAAUACAUAGUAGACACACGUCUCCGGCGAGUGUUUCAAGACUCUGUUAUAAAUGAAAAUUUAGAUUGUCAUUUAAAUUUUUGACUUUGGAUAUUAGUAAUGUUUUUUUUGCCCUCACUUGUAAUUGGUAGGGUAGUUUAUAUACCCGAGUAUCUUGUUUUAUUUUAGAAAGCAAAUAUUCUUGCUGUACCAUUGUAUUUAUAGCUUCAUGUUCUAAUCUCAGUUUCCAAUUGUCUUUACUCCCCCUGUUAUUUUAUGAUAUAACAUAAAAUCACCUUCUGAUAUAUCGUUAAGAUUUUUAACGAAAUCAAAAGAACAGAUUUUUUAAGUCUGUAACCGUAAAUGUCUUCUAAGAAUAGUAUCCCUUUGUCAAACUAUUUUCUGUAAAAGAAAACAUUUCCUCAUCUAUCAGGUGGUGAUUAUACCAUAGUAGUCGAGGUGAAAUGGUGUUAUUGUUUGCAUGAUAAUUUAUCGAGCAUGAAGCAUUAAAUAUUUCUUUGAGAAA